AGGCGACGACUAUACACGUAUCAGCGUGCUCAUGUGAGAUGUUUCAUCAGGGACAGAUUCGUUCACAUUACACACAGAUACAGGUCACUUACAUUUGUGAAUGUGAACCGUCAAGAUCCAAUCUAGCCAAAAAAUCUGAUUUACGCAAUGUGGCUAGCCUUAGAUAGAGCCCUAAGUGUGAACUAUGUGUUGAUAUGUUGUGAGCGUUCAGGGCUCAGUUCGGCUCCUGUCCAGCGGGGGCGCAGUGUGAGGACACGGGGCUGCAGCACCACCAGAGUGUCCGACACUCAGCGAGAAACACAGCAGCAGCUGAAGCUCAUGGAGACUCAGGAGCUCAGAGAGAGAUCUGCAGGUCUGCUGAAAGAAGCUCACCUCCAGUUCAACAGCGGAAACUUUCAUCAAGCCGAGGAGCUCUACACACAGUUUAUCAACACCUGCACCACCACCGGGGAAUGUGAUGCUAAUGAGCUGGCUAUUGCCUACAAUAACCGUGGCCAAGUGAAAUAUUUCAGGGUGGACUUCUAUGAAGCCAUGGAUGACUACACUGCAGCAAUAAAGGUGGACAGACAGUUUGAGGUGCCAUAUUACAACAGAGGAUUAAUACGAUAUAGAUUAGGUUUUUUUCAGGAUGCUGAGAGUGACUUCAAAAAGACACUGGAAAUGAAUCCAAAUUUUGAAGAUGCCAGGAAAAGUUUGCAUCAGACAAUAAUUGAUGGUGAAGAAAAAUUAAAAAGAGGAUAUUGAUGGCAGCUUGCAGCCCAGUCCUGUCUGAAUGUGAAAAAAUUCUUUAUAUAAAUCAUUGUUAUUCUGAUCAAAUACAAGUGUUUUCUAUGUAAUUGUGUUUUUUUUUUUUUUUUUUUUGUGAACCAUUUAGAGCAUUUAACUGGUUAUCAGUUUUGUAGCAUUUAUCAUGAAGACUUGUGUUUCUGUUUUUAUAUAUAAUUUGGAAAUGUUUGGCAGGGUGCACAUCAGCAAAACUACACAGUCUGAACUUUGGAACAGGAUGAAACGUUUCAGUUGCUGCACACAGUUACAGUGCAAUACUCUUACCCAACACUCAAGCACUUAAAAAUAGUUAGUGUCAUUCUGUGUGUUUACACAGAAUGUACCCAAUUAUAAAUGUGUCCAUGUAUUCCACUUCUGAGGAACAUCAUGGAAUAUCUGUUUUAGGCAUUUGAAUUUUGCACUAAUAAAUCAUGUUGCAUACUUGUCA